CUUUUAUCUCCGUCCCGCCGUGGUUUAGUGGGGGGCGUGCAUGUAUCAUAUAUUGACAUUGAUCACUUGUGGCGUGUCUUUGCCACAGCUAAAGGCCUCUCGCGGUCCACACAAACAUGCACUCGAUCAAUGGCAACUGUCACCCCACCACCCGUCCCCUCUCCCUCCCUCCCUUCGAUCCAUCUACCUACCCCCUCGGCAGACCGCACACACCACAGUCAGCAGCCGCCCCUGACUCAUUCCAGAACGUGCAGUGCCGACACGCCCACCCACCUCCACCUCCACAUCCACCAGCAGCCCCGCCCCCCUCCCUCCUUGCCCUCUUGUUGUUGCCCCCCGCCAGCGGCAGCCCGUCGAAGGCGUUCUCGUCGCUGUCCUCACACCCAGGUCUCACCGACUCGCACAGGUAGCACUUGACGUGCUUGGCGUCGUUGAGCACCGUGCAGCGGGAGCACGCCCACUGGCCACCAGACGCAGGACGCUUUGCAGGCGGUUGUGCGUCACCAUCCUCAUCGUCCAGGUCGAUCACGGGUACGGCAGCUUGUGCCGCGCCACUCGACGUCCCGCUCGUGGCCGCAGCUGCUGCAGCUGCUGCCGGGCCAGCCGCGUCAUUCUCCUUCUUCUUGGCCUCCUUCUUGACCACCGGCUGUGCAGCUGCAGCAGCAGCAGCAGCAGCAGCGGGCGGCUUCUGACGUGGGGGUUCUGAAGGGCAGAAGGCCAUGUUGUCCUCAUCAUGCCAGGGGAGGGUGUCGCGGGGAGGGAUGGGGGAGGGGGGAGGGAGGGGCGAGGGGCCGUUGGUGUCGUGCUCGUCGUCAGUGAGGUCGAUGACCUCCACUUCCACCUCAUCCUCUCGCUUGACGUCGCCCUUACACCGACAGUCCUGCAGGCAGCAUCGUGUAUGUGGUGUGUAGGGUUGUAUCCGUGUUAUGUGUGUGCACAUCUGCUCACGUCUUUGGCUCUCCGCUCGGCAGCCCAUGCAGCUGCUUCGCGUGCACUCAUGCCUGACAGCAGGAGGACACGGCAGCAGGGAUUUAUCUUCGACUUGCGUUGAUCGGAUUUGGCUGCCCACCCUUCAUGCGAUUGGUAUCUCCUCCCAGGCGCUGGCCGCCAGGAGUCAUCAGCUUGUUGAUGCGCUGGCGCUCCUCAGCAGCCUGACAAUCACGCAGGGAGCAUCCACCCAUCCACCCUUGUGUGUGUGGUGUGUGUCGUCAGGUACCUUGAGCGCCUUCUGCUUGCCCUCCACUAUGUUGGUGGGGUUGUGGGUCAAGCCGCCAAGCCUGACACCUGAUGGAAAGGCAACGAGCACCGCAAUCAAUCUCACACAUCGCCAUGGAUCUCGCCUCUCACCCUCUACGUCAAACCCCUCGCCCGUUCUAGUGAUGCCCUUGGCCAUGAGUUCCUCACACUCCUUCGUCAACCUGACCAAUACAGACGGAUAUCACAGCCCAUCCAUCCAUCAAUUUAUCCAUUUCUCACUCGGCCAGCAGGGCAUAGAACUGGGCGUUGUGCGGUGACACGACAAUGUGCGUCAGCUCAUGCAGCAGAGUGCCAAGCAGAAAGUGGUAGUUGUGGGUGAUCCCGCUCUCCUUGUCGCGCCGCAUACGGAUCUGAGGACCAGAGGUCGCAGAACACACAGAAACAUCGAUUUGCGUCAUAGGUUGACGUCCUUGGUCUGCGGAAAGCUCACGCACAUACGUACACAGAUCUUCUGUCCCUUGUUGCAGUUGAGGCCCUGAAGAGCGGGGUUCUUGGGCAGAAACUCGACCAGCAGAGGCACCUUCCAUCUUCGCUUGAUCAUGAUGGGCUGACACAAGCAACAGCCAACACACAAUGGGUGCAGAGAGGCCGUUCGUUUGAGCGUACCUACCUGGACCUGAUCUGCUGCUUGUUGGAGCAUCUUCUUGGCCUCAUCCUUCCCAGCAAGGUUCAGCGCCUUGAUCUCGAGGCACUUGAAGUAUUUCUUGUCGUCGAGGCUGCCAGACCCGCCGGCAGGCAUCGCUGCGACCUAUCCACAGUCUGAUGAUUUUUUU